CACCUGAAGUUCAUCCGCACGAUGCUCAAUGGCUUGUUUUAGGAUGACCCCGCGCUCGCGGAUGGCCAUCGCAUCACCUUGACAGUUGACAGCAACCGUGCUAUCGCGUCGUCGCGACCAAUGUCGGCAUACCGUGAUUUCCUCGAGCCGAACGGGCAGUAUGCUGCAACCUUCGGCGAUAAGGGCUCUCUGGCCAUCCGCCCCACGAAAAAGCUGGCCAUCGUGACGUGCAUGGAUGCGCGUGUAAACGUCUUCGCGCAGCUAGGUAUCAGGGAAGGCGAAGCUCAUAUCAUUCGCAACGCCGGUGGUAUCGCCAAAGACGCGCUGCGCAGCAUUAUCAUCUCGCAACGUCUGCUCGGCACGCGGGAGAUUGCAGUGUUUCACCACACGGGGUGUGGUAUGCGGACGUUCUCGUCACCGGAACUCCGGUCCCUCAUCAAAGAGUCCGACCCCGCAAAUUCUGCGCUGAGCGCCGUCGACGACAUUGACUUCCUAGAGUUUACUGAUUUGGAGCAGAGCGUUAGGGAUGAUGUGCAGUUCCUGAGGGAGAACUCGCUUGUGCUUCCGGAGACCAAGGUCUCUGGGUGGGUUUAUGAAGUGGAGACGGGCACGAUUCGUCAGAUCGUCUGAAUUACGGUGGCAUGUAGCGCCGCCAAAAUGCAGAUUGCAUCCUAUGUUGGCCCUAGGUAAAAUUGGAUUGAUACUACCGACCGGUCUAGCUCAUCACAUGUGCACAAUGAGGUGCUCGGUCAAUACAGACCUUCAACUGAC